ACUGGAUCCUGGACAGCGAAAGAAAUAGGCAGUAAGCCUAUCGCAUAUUCUUUGCUUUAUUAAGCAAAAGCUCGGGCUGGGAAUGUUGGUACCUAGGCAGAUCCAAUUCAAUCGACACCGGUAAGAUAAGGCUGAGCUAGCACUGCGAGGUAUUUACUCAUGCGACCCUUACCGAUCGCUGAUGCAGGUGACGCCUGUGGCGGUUCGUCAGGGGCUGCUGUGCAACGUGAAAACAAAGCAAGCAGAUCCUUCUUCUGUAAGCUACAUAUACCCUGGACAUAAUGCCUUUGUUGGAUCAAGCGUUGAAGCUCUAUAACACGAUCUUACUAUGUCUUUGUUUUCUGUCGAUCCUAGCCAUAAUUCAAGAUGCUGAACUACUCCAAGAUCGCCGCAAAUAUUGUGCUGCGGUUCAUCAAGGCUAUUUUUGAUCUUGUCUCAUUCAGUGCCUAUGUUGUACAACUCACCAUUCGUGACCUGAUUUUGACUGCCACGAACCCUUUUCUCCCUAAUCGUCCAGUCGGGAACGUUAUACCUCGUGGAUAUCCAGGCCAUGGAGGGACUUGGCCAGAGUACACGGCCCCUAAGCGAGGAGAGGAUUCUCGCUCGCCUUGUCCAGGGCUUAAUGCGUUAGCUAAUCACGGGAUCCUGCCGAACAAUGGCAAACGUAUUACCUACACACAAUUAUCGCACGCGAUCCAACAUGCAUACAACCUUGCACCAACUCUAGCGAGUCAACUUACAUCUGCAGCCAAGCAGCUGGAUCAAGGUCGGGGCUGGAUUGACCUGCAUGAUCUCAACGUCUUAAACGUUGUCCAACAUGACGCCUCAUUUACCCGUCCUGAUAUUGCAUUCUGCCCGGACCAAAGCAUCCCGCACACCGGCCUCAUUAAUAGAUUACUUGACCACGCGUCGGAUGGGAAUCACCUCUCGCUGACCGACUUUUCCUACUACUCUGGUCUUCGCCGCGCAGAGUGUAAGCGGAAUAAUGGCCAGUACACCCUAUCGGGGAGUUUUAUCCACAAGAUGAUCGGUUCCGGAACCAGUGCCCUGAUGUAUUCAAUCUUUGGCGGGGAUAUCGAGGCACUACGUGUCUGGCUUGUGGACGAGCGAUUCAUGGAUGGUUGGGAACCGCGAACUAGAGAGGCCCUCGGCCAUACAGUUGCCCAAGCUUUGGCCACCUCUCUUGCCGUUGAGUUUAGCAUUGAUGAGAAGCAAGCGCUGCGGGAGGGAGAUGUCUUCUACCACGAGUGAAAUAAGGUGUACAGCUACCAGUUCACUGCCUUCUCUUCUAUCUCCUAUCCAUUAUUCUUUGUGUACUUGAUUGUUAGUCAGAUUAGCGUCUAAUUUCCGAAUGGGCGAUAUCGAUUAUA